ACCAACUGAUAAAAGGCCUUUCAUCCUAUAUAUCACUAUCCUUGAAGAAUCCAUGGGAGCCAUCCUUGUCCAACAUGAUGACUCAGGUAAGAAGGAAAGAGCCAUCUAUUACAUGAGCAAGAAGUUCAAUGAUUGUGAGAGUAAAUACUCACCUUUAGAAAAAACUUGCUGUGCUUUAGCUUGGAAAUCCAAGAAACUUCGCCACUACAUGUUAACUAACACCACUUACCUACUUUCAAGAAUGGAUCCCAUAAAAUUUAUUUUUGAAAAACCUACCCUUUCUAAAAGGAUCUCUCGGUGGCAUAUGUUGCUUUCUGAAUUUGAUAUUGUUUACACCACACAAAAGGCCAUCAAAGGGCAAGCCAUUGCAGAUCAUUUAGCCGAACAUGCGGUAGAGGAUUAUGAGCCUAUUAAUUGGGAUUUUCCUAAUAAAGACAUUUUGGUAGUAAAUGCAAAAUUUGAGUCAGAUAAUUGGAAGCUCUUCUUUGAUAGAGCUGUUAACCAGCUGGGUUGUGGCCUUGGAGCUGUCUCAGUAUCCCCAAAGGGUGACCAUUUUCCUAUUGCUAUAAAGCUCGAUUCUGCUUGUACCAACAACAUAGCCAAGUAUGAAGCUUGUAUUGCUGGGAUGCAUGUUGCUUUGGAUAUGAAUAUCCAAGAUUUAGAGAUAUAUGGUGAUUCAGCACUAAUCAUCUAUCAAACAAAUGGUCAUUGGCAAACCAAGGAUCCAAAACUAAUUCCUUAUCACCAAUACCUUGAAACUCUCACCAAGAAAUUCAGAUUCAUCUAUUUAAACCACAUGCCCUGUGCCAAGAACCAAUUUGCGGAUGCUUUAGCAACUUUAGCCUUAAUGAUCCAAAUCUCCAAGGAUGAUAUGAUCAAGCCUUUGAUGAUUGAAAUUAGUCAAGAACUAGCACAUUGCACGGAAAUCAAGGUUGAUGACAAACCAUGGUUUCAUGAUAUUAAAUAGUUCUUGCAAAAUGGGGAGUAUCUUCUUCAUGCUUCUGAAGUGAACAAGAAGACAAUCAAAAAAUUGGUAGCUU